CGCUCGGAGCAGCAGCCGGCCCGAGCCAUGGGCUGCGACGGCCGCGUGUCCGAGCUGCUCCGCCGCAACCUGCAGCCCACGCUCACCUACUGGAGCGUGUUUUUCAGCUUCGGCCUGUGCAUCGCCUUCCUGGGGCCCACGCUGCUCGACCUGCGCUGCCAGACGCACAGCUCGCUGCCCCAGAUCUCCUGGGUCUUCUUCUCGCAGCAGUUCUGCCUCCUGCUGGGCAGCGCCCUCGGGGGCGUCUUCAAGAGGACUCUAGCACAGUCGUUAUGGGCUCUCUUCACCUCCACCCUGGUCAUCUCCCUGGUGUUCGUGGUCAUCCCCUUCUGCCAUGAUGUGAAGGUGUUGGCCUCAGUCAUGGCACUGGCAGGCCUGGCCAUGGGCUGCAUCGACACUGUAGCCAACAUGCAACUGGUGAGAAUAUACCAGAAGGACUCGGCCUUCUUCCUCCAGGUCCUGCAUUUCUUCGUGGGCUUUGGUGCCCUGCUGAGCCCCUUGAUCGCUGACCCCUUCCUAUCAGAAGCCAACUGCCUUCCUGGAAAUAGCACACACAAUGUCACCUCCAGAAGUCACCUAUUCCAUGCCUCCAGGGUCCUGGGCCAGCACCAUUCAACAGCCCAGCCUUGGUCUAACCAGACUAUCACCAAGUCACCCCCAAAGGAUGCAGCAGAGAACCACGUGUCCUACGCCUUCUGGAUCAUGGCCCUUAUCAAUCUUCCCGUGCCCCUGGCCGUGCUGUUCCUGCUGUCCAAGGAGCGGCUGCUGACCUGCCGCCAGAGGAAGCCACUGCUCCUGGCCGCAGAUGAGCUCGCACUGGAGACCCGGCCUCCUGAGAAGGAAGACACCUCCUCGCUGGCCCCCAAGUUUCAGCCACACCCAGGCCAGCAGGACCUGUUCAGCUGCUGCCAGAGGAAGAACUUCCAGGGUGCCCCUUACUCUUUCUUCGCCAUCCACAUCACUGCUGCUCUGGUCCUGUUCAUGACAGAUGGGAUGGUGGGUGCAUACUCUGCCUUUGUAUACAGCUAUGCUGUGGAGAAGCCACUGUCUGUGGGGCACAAGGCAGCCGGUUAUCUCCCCAGCCUCUUUUGGGGCUUCAUCACUCUGGGACGACUCAUCUCCAUCCCUGUCUCCUCAAGAGUGAGGCCAUCCACCAUGGUGUUUGUCAAUGUGGCGGGAGUGGUGAUAACAUUCCUCUUGCUGCUUAUUUUCUCCUACAACGUCAUCUUCCUGUUCGUGGGGACAGCGAGUCUCGGGCUGUUUCUGAGUAGCACCUUCCCCAGCAUGCUCGCCUACACAGAGGAUAUCCUCCAAUACAAAGGCUGUGCAACCACGGUGCUGGUGACCGGGGCGGGAAUCGGUGAGAUGGUGCUGCAGAUGCUGGUUGGAUCGGUCUUCCAAGCCCAGGGCAGCUACAGUUUCCUGGUCUGUGGCGUGAUCUUUGGCUGCCUGGCUUUUACCUUCUACGUCUUGCUUCUGUUUUUCCACAGGAUGCACCCUGAACUCUCAUCAGUUCCUAGCCAAGACAAGUCAUUUGGCGUGGAGAGCUCUGAGUUCUACCAGAGGUGAAACGAGGUGCCAGAGGCAGGUGAGGACCCCUUAUCUCACGAGCACCAAAGUGGUCAAGCUGACACAGGAAACCAAGUACCGCAGGGAAGGCCUCUCUUUGUGUCAAUCUUCUCCAGUCAUACUUAACCACGAAUAAACUGAGUCCUGGUACCCAGGUCCUCCCUGGGCACAUCAUUAAGAGCUUACCUGGUACUUGUCAUGACACCCAGAUGGGAGGCAGAAGACACACGUCACUCCCUCUGCCACUUCAUACAUGGACCAUACUCUGUGUUUGAGGUCACUUUUAGUUGAAGUUUGAAAAACUCUGUUGAAGUUGUAAAUCUCAAUGAUCAUUGCUACAUGUAGAUAUAUUUUUAAUUAAUCAAAACCCCAAGUUAUUGCCUGGCAUGUUCAAAGGAUUUAUGUGCUCUUUACUUAGCAGUAGUCAAAAGUCCCUCCAUUCCCCCUGCGGAAAUCAGUUCAUCCGUCCCCUACAAUGGCAGAAAGAAGUGUGGACUCUGACACUAAUUCAGCUGUGUGCUGGGCCAGCUCAGACCAGCUUAGAAAAACUGGCCACUAAAUUUUCAUUUUGAGAACUGGUUGUUACGUGCGGUCAUGACUAAAAAUUAAAUUAACAUGUCUAAACAAAUUAUAUUUUAAAACAAAGCGAAUGAAUAUUCAAAACAUCACUUCCUGAUUUUAUUAACAGUUCUCCAGAGGUCAUUAAGUCCAUGGCACCCAGGUGGCAACAUUGCUGCUGGGCCCCAGCUGCUCAGCGACAGCCCUUUGGCACACUGACAUGAGCCAUGCCACAGAAAUGGGCAAAACCUGUGCAACCCUGGCUGAUCUGAGAGCUGGCUGUUAAACAUUUACCAGCACGCCACCGCUCACAAGCACUGCUAAUUGUCCCGGAAAUCAUCUGGGAGGAUGAAAUGGACAUCCUGUUUCUCUUUACUGAUAUUGCCUGGCGUCUAAACAGUGCAGAAGCAGUAUUGAGAACUUCCAAAAUUAGCUCAUUGGAAUUUUAUACCUUUUAUAAAGAAAGAAUUUUGUACAAUGUCAAGGUCUAUUUUUCCUUUCAUCAAAAGCUGGGACUAGUAAACAAUUCAAGCCACACAAUACACAGAAAGCAGUGUGGGUCCGAAGUUCCCACUUGAUGCAGACCCCAGAAGGGUUGGUAAUAAAGAAAAUACAAAUGCAUUCUUAGCUGUACCAGCUAAGAAUACAGGGUUUCUGGAAAUACUGGCAUGCCUGUGGCCAUGACCCCUGGAAGGAACGACACAGCCAUUACAGUAAUUGGCUCACCUGCAUGGUCUCUAUGUCUAUACAGAGGUACAUGCACAGUGUGAAAGUUCAACUGAUCACGGUUCUCAGCCACCUGUCCUGAGGGCUGUGGUUCAAAGGCCUGAGACUGAGAGGUCUCUCUUGGGUCUGUGAGCAUUGACAAGCUUGCUGGUUCUGAAUGACACCUAAUGGAGCACGGGGAUUGGAAUCUGGCUAUAGACUUGCAUCGAGCACUGGCUUCUCCAUCCAGCGGUGCAGACCUGUAAGAUCACUAGGGCUUCCAACCUCACUGUUUUUACAGGAUGGCGCCACGUCUAAAAGUACCCUACCUCACAGGAAUUCUGAGAGAAUUCAGUUUGUAAGAGGCAUUUGCUGUAUGACCAACAUGGAAACUGUGUAAUUAAUGUUUUUACUUUUGGCAGUCUCAUUAAGCAUGUUUGGUACAUUUUUGUUCAAAAAGCUGGUAGUCUAAGGGAAUAGUUCUAACUAUUUUUGUUAAUACUUUGGAAAGCAUCAGAUGCUGGUCACAUGUAAAUGUACUGUAACUGUAAUAACUGACCUGGGAAAAGAGAAAGCAGUUGUAUUUUUCUUGUGGUUUUUCAAGAAAACAUUCUUUUUAUACAGAUUUAAAAAGAAUUAAUGGCUCUAUCUAAGGUGAUGAUUAAUGUGUUAAUAUAGAAAAAAGCUUAAAACAAAUCUAAGAGUACCUUUCUUAAAAUAAAACAUUUUAAACUUA